AGGUCCGGGUGGCGGUGAGGAUGUCACUACAUUGGGAAAAGCUCUCACCUGCUGAGUUUCAACAGCUGCAGGACUUCUCCGCCUACUCGAGCAAGAAGCUUGAAGAUGUCCUCAAGGAAUUUACAGGAACCGGGACGCUGUCUAAGUACAGUCUCGAUGGCGACAUCGACUAUGAAGGAUUCCGGCAGUUCAUGGACACGUACCUGGAGGUCGACACACCGGAGGAGCUGUGCCGGCACCUCUUCCUGUCCUUCGUGAAGAGGCCACGCCCCCAGCCCGUCGAGCCCAAGUCAAUCAAGGAGAUGGCUGUCAUGUCCUCGGCGACGGCCUGCGCCCCCAUCACCUCCCAUAACACCUCCGGAGGCUCCAUCAGCAACCUGGCCACGUGCUCCGUCGGGGAGGCCAUGAGUGGAGGCAGCGGAGGAGGAGGUGGAGGGACUCUGGCGGAGAAGCUGCAUGGCCUCACCGAGAAGUUCUCCUCCCUCGGCCACAACAGGAGCGACUCGGAGGCGUCGAGUCGUACCAGGACAGGUCAGUGCCAUCGGGGCCUGCGUCCACCCCUGGUCACCGUCACGCAGACCAACAGCUACACCGACGGGAAGAUGGAGAAGAGCACCGACUCCUCGCCCUCGCACUCGCAGAUGUCAAGGUCGUCCUCCAAGAAGUCCAACAACUCGCUCCUCGUCACCAAUGGGAAGCUGGAAGAUAUGAAACAUCUUGUCCGGAAGUCGAGCAGCAUCGAAGUCCACACCGUGAGAGUCAACCUGAAGGACAUCAUAUGCUACCUCACGCUACUUGAAGGAGGCCGUCCCGAGGAUAAACUGGAGUUUGUGUUUCGGUUAUAUGAUACAGACGGAAACGGAGUUCUGGAUACGAACGAGAUGGACUGCAUCGUGAACCAGAUGAUCCAGGUCGCUGACUACCUCGGCUGGGACGUCACCGAACUGAGACCGAUCUUGACCGACAUGAUGGCGGAGAUCGACUAUGAUAACGACGGAACGGUUUCUCUGGAGGAGUGGAAGCGAGGAGGGAUGACCACUAUCCCUCUGCUUGUGCUGCUCGGCCUCGAUACGAACAUGAAAGAAGACGGGAACCAUGUGUGGAGGCUCAAACACUUCAGCAAACCUGCGUAUUGCAACCUCUGCCUCAACAUGCUCAUGGGCCUUGGCAAGAAGGGGCUCUCUUGCGUAUUCUGCAAGUAUACAGUCCACGAGCGAUGCGUUCAGAGAGCGCCGGCAUCCUGCAUAGCGACGUACGUGAAGAGCAAGAGGACGUCGCAGUCGAUGCUCCACCAUUGGGUCGAAGGCAACUGUCCGGGGAAGUGCUCGAGGUGCAAGAAGACCAUUAAAAGUUAUAACGGAAUCACGGGUCUGCACUGCCGCUGGUGUCAUUUGCGGCUGCACAACAGAUGCGCGUCGCAGGUGAAGCCCGACUGUACCUUCGGCGAGCACCGGGUCCACGUGCUCCCCCCGACGUCGAUCUGCCCCAUCGUGCUCGACCGACAGAGGUCCAUCUCGAAGGAGAAGAAGGGGAUUCCCCGGUCUGACUCGACGCCGGCGGGGCUUAGCGAAGGGACGGUCUCCACUCCGAUGUCCUUCCAGAUCACCCCCCUCCCCGGGACGCACCCCCUCGCCGUCUUCGUGAAUCCCAAGAGCGGAGGGAGACAAGGGGCAAGGAUACUGAGGAAGUUCCAGUACCUGCUGAACCCCCGCCAGGUGUACAACCUCGCGAAGGACGGGCCUCUGGCGGGGCUGCAGCUGUUCAAGGACGUGCCCAAUGUCCGGGUCAUCGUGUGCGGAGGCGACGGGACCAUAGGCUGGAUUUUGGAACAGAUGGAUAAGGUGCAGUGGAGCGUGGCCCCGUGCGUAGGCAUCAUCCCCCUUGGCACGGGCAACGACUUGGCACGGUGCCUUCGAUGGGGUCCCGGGUACGAGGGGGAGAGUCUUCACAAAGUCCUUAAGAAGAUCGAGAAGUCGACGGUGGUGAUGAUGGACAGGUGGCACAUCGAAGUCUCUGAGCAGACGGGGACGCACGAGGACAUGGACGAAGUGGCGGACAAGAUUCCUUAUAAUAUCGUCAACAACUACUUUAGUAUAGGCGUGGAUGCGGCGAUCUGCGUGAAGUUCCACCUCGAGCGGGAGAGAAAUCCGGAGAAGUUCAACAGCAGGAUGAAGAACAAACUUUGGUACUUCGAGUAUGCAACUUCUGAGACCUUCGCCGCGUCCUGCAAGAAUCUGCACGAGGAUAUUGACAUCAUGUGCGACGGCGUCUCCCUCGACCUCUCCAACGGCCCUUCGCUCCAAGGCAUCGCCCUCCUGAACAUCCCCUACACCCACGGGGGCUCCAACAUGUGGGGGGACAACGCCACGAAGAAGCGAACGAAAGCCACCAAGAGCAAGAAGAAGAAGGACAGGGAGAGGGAGCUGUCCACGUCCUCCUUCACGUCGGCGGAUCUGAGCAAUGCGAUACAGGACAUCGGCGACAAGCUCAUCGAAGUCAUCGGAUUCGAGAACUGCCUGCACAUGGGCCAGGUGAGAACGGGGCUUCGCGGCUCCGGACGGCGACUCGCCCAGUGCUCCUCCGUCGUCAUCAGGACCAGGAAGAAGUUCCCCAUGCAGAUCGACGGGGAGCCCUGGUGUCAGCCUCCGUGUACCAUCCACAUCAGCCACCACAACCAGGUGCCGAUGCUGAUGGGUCCGAGCACGUGUAGAAGAAAGGGCUUCUUCUCCUUCAUGCGGAAGUGACAGGGGGACUCCGGGGCGACGAAAAGUAGCCCCAAAUGCGCCAAGGACUCUCUCAGGUUUUCCAAACUCCGGUGUUUCACGCGCAGGUCGUAAGAGCCAGCCCCGAGCACGAAGGAAGAAGAGAGAAGAGCGAGACGAAGCCAAAGCCAGUACCAAGUCAACGUUUUCGGAUGGUAGAGAAUGUGGGGGAUGUGACUGAGAGUGAAAAGAAAAUGGAGAAGAGAAAUAAGAUGAAUAUAGAAUAUAUGAAAGAAGAAAAAAUAGAGAAAGAGAGAGUGAUUGGUUUGAGUGCAUCAACCCAGGAACACAAGUAUGCCCCCAUAUCAGUAUCCAAAAUAGAUAAAAAAUGGGUAUGGCAGAGGGAAGCGAGGAAUGUAAUCAGUUCUGGAAAGAUAACUAUAUUCCAUAAUACCAGAAAAAAAAUGAGAGAAGGAAGCCAGAACGAUAGGUUUAGAAAUGAAAAAUUCUGAAAACAGAUUGUUAUAUGUAUUUUUCCAGUGACGUCAUAGCUUCCCGAAAUUCCUUAUGGAAUCAGGAUAAUAAUAUUUAAAUGCUCUCUGCUGAUGUGUGGAAAACACAAAUACAUAUACAUAUAUAUUACAGCAUAAUUCUAUCGAAA